GUCCCAGAAAACCGACCAUCAAAGUAAAAUCUACUUUGGUUAAACUCAAAAUUCUCAAACAAUAACUGCCAAUUCACAACAUUAACCAUCAUCAGUGUCACCUUCACUAAACCAACUCCACAACACGAUCAACAACAAUGUCGAGAAAAUUCCUAUCAUCACUACUUCGAACUUGCACAUCCCACUCCACCACCUCACAAUGCCACGCCCAAACCCUCCUCCAAUCUCUACUCCCAAACGUCAUUCUCGAAACUGACCUCUUAUUAUCCUACACAAAACUCGGCCUAAUCAACCACGCUCGCAAACUGUUCGACAGAAUGCCACAAAGAAAUAUGCAUUCUUGGAACAUCAUGAUUGCUUCUUACACUCACAGUUCGAUAUAUUUUGAUGCUUUAACCGUUUUUGAAGGGUUUAAACAAUGUCGGUUGUUGCCUGAUCGUUACACCUUGCCUCCUUUGUUUAAGAUUUCUAUUGGAAUAGGUGAUAGUUGGUUUGGAUGGAUGUGUCAUUGUUUGGUUAUAAAGCUUGGGUAUGGGGAAGUUGUUGUUGUGAAUAACUCUGUCCUUGAGUUUUAUGUCAAAUGUGGUACCAUGUCUCAGGCUUUGUCUGUGUUCAACAAUCAUAACGCUCCUCGGGAUUCAGUGACAUGGAAUUUGAUGAUUUCUGGGUUUGGAAAGGCUGGCUUGUAUUCUGAUGCUGUCCAUUGUUUCCGAGAAAUGUUGAAGCAUCAAAAUGGGAUUGAGUUGGAUUACAUGACACUCCCUAGCAUUUUGAGUGUUUGUGGGAAGGAAGGGGAUUUGUUGAAAGUGAAGGAAGUGCAUGGCUUUAGUGUUAGGAACUUUGGUUUUGAUGCUCAUGCUCCCAUUGCGAAUGCAUUGAUCGAUAAUUAUGGAAAAUGUGGUAGCUUGAAAGAUUCAGAAAAUAUCUUCAAGACUGUGAGCUGUGCAAAUUUGGUGACAUGGACGGCUAUGAUAUCCUGUUAUGGGAUGCAUGGAAAGGGGGAGGAAUCAGUUUUUCUGUUUGAGAAGAUGAUAAAUGAGGGGUUUAGACCAAAUGCUGUUACUCUCACAGCUAUUUUAUCUAGUUGUAGCCACUCUGGUUUGUUGGAUCAAGGCAAGAAGAUUUUCGACUCAAUGAUUUCAGAUUAUGGAUUUGAACCCACUGCUGAGCAUUAUACCUGUAUGGUGGAUCUUUUUGGCCGAUGUGGGUGUCUUGAGGAAGCGCUUCAGUUGUUGGAAAGAAUGAAUCCUUUGUCAGUGACAGGAAGCAUGUGGGGUGCUCUUCUUGCUGGUUGUGCCAUGCACAAGAAUGUCGAAAUUGGAGAAAUUGCAGCACAUCAUCUCUUUCAAUUAGAGCCAAAUAAUACUAGCAACUAUGUAACUUUGUGUAGAAUUUAUCAGUCUCGUGGUAUGACUCGUGAUGUUUCAACUGUUAAAGCAAAGAUGAAGGGUUUAGGUUUGGUUAAAACUCCGGGCUGUAGCUGGAUAAAUAUUGCAGGAAGAGAAUAUAAAUUUCACCAAGGAGACCUUUCUCAUCCACUUUCUCAUAUGAUUUUCCAGAUACUAUAUGAAAUUAGCAAUACUCAGUUAUCGACCAAUGAUUUGGGAAUAGGAUAUUUGCUACAUGAUGAUGAUACCUUUGUCAUGGCUUUGUAAAACACUGCAGCUGGCUUUGUAAAACACUGCAGCCAGGUUUAUCUGAGCAGAAUCAGGAAGGGAUCAGUAUUAACUGAAUGUGUUUGCUAAAUGUUAUGGUUUUAAGUUAUGAUUCUUUUGGGUUACGACUGUCGACCAAUAUUAUGCACAAAGCUUUAUGUCUGACAUAAUCUUCUGUGAAGUAUGCUAAAUGGUGUCAACUAUCCAGCAGUUCUACCAUCUCAAAGCCCAUAACUGAUUUCAGCUGAAAUGGCCAUUGCUUAGUGACUUCAGAUGCUUGUUUCUGGCCAGCCAGAUCGAAACCAGAGGGUGCUAGUGGAUAUAAUAGAUAUGCCAAGGGUUAUGGAAGUUAUAUUGAUGCUCCUAUUGUACAGGAUCCGAACAUAUAGGACGGUUAUCUGGGGUAUGCAUUUUACUGGCAGCUUCAGUGAACAAUGCCUACUAGCUGCUGCUUGUCAACGACUGGUUUAUCCGUUCUUUUGGGCUCCUCCCUCAUAUACUGGAAGUCAUAAAAGCAAACUACAGUAUCCUUCCUUGCUGACACUUUAUGUGAAAUCCAGUUGCUUCUCUGAUUAUAAGUGGAUCUCGAGCCUCUGCUGUAACAAGAGAUCUGUAAUUUAAUUUUCCAAGAUCGAAGUUUUCAUAAGCACACUAAGCAUAUUCAAUUUGAUUGAUACUUUACCAGUAUUUCCAUAAAAAUGUGGUGUUAUCAAA